AUGAAGGCAUUCCAAUAUAUGGCCUUUUUGGCCUUGAUGGGUCUUACAUCUGCCUUUAGCGGUAGGCACAAAGCCCACGAGGGGAUGCUCCAAGUUCCCCCAUCUUUUGCCCGUAAUGGUGUUCAUAUGUAUCCUGCUCUACACCCCGAGCAUGACCCCAACGACCACAGGCAUUUGGUCCCGGAGGCUUCCAAAGAAUUGUAUUACAGCCAGGAAGGCCACAGACCUCCUCUACAUGGUGCAAAGCAUGGUCGGUUGUAUGCAACUUUUUCGCGACCCACGGUGGUUUUGGAGCAUUCUAGCCACAUCAAAGAUGUCAAAUGUGGCAACCAACACAUUGAUAUCUGUUUCCGCAACCCCGAGGCGAUGCAUACCGUGGAGAAUGCAUGGAAAGAAUACAAUGCCACGUCAUUCAAUCUCAUCACGUACCAUAACGGAUGUGGCCACCUUACAGGAGAAUACCGUUCCAUCUUUGUUGCAUCCCGCCCUACCUUCCGUGGCAAUUGUACAAGAGUGGCUACUGCGCUCUCGGACGAACAGGAAAUUCAUGAUGGAGACCUGAGUUGGGGAACAUAUCGGAGUCCCCAUAUCAACAAGCGACAGCCAGUUAAGGGGCAUGUCAAAGCCUCGAGGGCAGACACAAAGAUAUAUCAGUAUCGAGGUAUUCCCCAUAGUUUCAAUGGAACGGUUGACUACCUCAAGGGCUGGAACGAAACGUUUCCUCGGGAAACUGUUGAUAUCACCAAGAAUGCCACGGCAGUCUUGGACUUUUUCGGAACCAAUGCGAGUUCUAUCAACAUAGAUAUCCCGGAUGAGUACGAAAUCGGCCUUGAUUACCUCUCUGAUGAAAAAUAUAACGAUCUCGUGAAACGAGGUCUAUUCUCCUGGAUUGUUGAAGGUAUUAAAUGGGUGAUAAACACCGUUGUGAGCGCGAUUGAAAAGAUAGCAGCAACAGUUGAAGAGGCUGCCAAACUUAUAAUCAAGGUUGCAGUUAUCGCAGCGAAAAUAGUUAUGGUGGUAUUUGGUGUUCCUUUCGAAGAGGAAUACCAUGCGGAUAUUCAGUUUGAUCACACAACUGGUGGUGGCCAGCUUCCACUUGACUUUGGUUCAUUUGGCGGAAAAUUCAUAGGAAGUGCCCCCGAUCUAACGAUGGUUCUGGACAAUUUCGUUCUUUCUAAAGCGGGAGCCGCAGCGAGGGUGGUAUGCAACAGCUGCGGAGCCAAGGGGAAUUUCAGCUUUGAAGGAGCCUUGUCAUUCAGCAUCACGAAAGGUGUCUACAGGGCACGAGUAUCUUUGAACAACCAUGACCCUUUCUUGUUUGAUGCGAUAUUCAAUAUCACGACUGAUGCCAAAGCAUUCAAGGAUAAUGCAAACAAAGGGGGACUCAAGACGGUAUUGGAGAAGCAGCUGUUUGCUGUGCCCUUUUCUCCUCUCACGAUCCCCAAGAUCAUCACCAUUGGGCCCCAACUAUCUGUGACUGCCGCCGCCAGUAUCUAUGUUGAUUCACAUGCUGAAUUCAUAGCCGGGGGAAGGUUCUCUAUCGCACCGGGAGAAGUCGUUCUAGAUAUUCAAAGUGAAAACAACAAGGCUUCCGGGUUUAAUCCAUCUUUCCAGCCAAUCUUUGAGUUCCAAAAAGGAAAUGUCGUUGCUACUGCGGACCUCGCUUUACCAGUGGGGAUUGAACUUGCUCUUGAUGUCCUUUCUGGUACAUGGAAGAAGGCGAUUGGGGUUUACACCGCACCUUCUCUCUACCUAACUGCAGGAUACUCAUACGGCGAAAAGCAUGCAUGUGACAAGGGCAUAGAACUUCGCGCCGGCGCCAAAAAUCGCAUAUACUCCUCGGCCCUUGGAAUAUGGGAGUACGAGUUUAAGAGCUUGGGAUUCACCUUCUAUGAGACCGGCAUUGGCUGCAUUUCUACCCAGGGAUGGAACUCUUCUCAGGUUGAAGACACCGAUUUUUUGAAAAACACAGACCCAGACGCCUCGAGCGAUGCGACCGACGAGGUCCUGAAAAAGGUCACAGAGUCUCUUGGAGGUGAACAGAAUCUCGCCUCCAAUAAGACUCUUCAACUUGCUCCACCUCAGCCCGUAAUCUAUGCAGACGAGCACUUUUCUGAAAAAAAUAAGGAGCAGGAUAAGGAUAAGCUUCGGAAGCUUCCAAAGACAAACGGCUUCCGCCUGAUCCAGGAUGCUGGCCAAACUGCAACUCUCCUAUCGGGGAAGGAUGGACAUAUCUAUCUCGCAAACAACUCAGCCGAGUACGAUAUUAGCGCACCCUGGGGUGGUUUGGAGGUAGACAAGAAUAUCUUCACUUAUGAUGUUUUCGGACGUCUAAUUUGGGUUGAUGCGAGGCUAUUUCAUUUCGGUAUGGUCGGGAUGGGGGUAUCCCGUGCUGAGAACACGCCAAAAGAUACACAAGCUGCAUCAUUGGUGGUGAUGAAGAAUAGUGAUGUUGAAACCUACGGUAUAUCUUUUAAAUCCCAAUCCCCCUAUGCGGACUCCGAUUCGAAAGUGUUUUGGUUUCCGACAGUCUGCAAAUUCCCGGAAGGGCUUCGACUCUUCGCUACGAGCUUCCUGGUUGACGCAGAGGGAAACAUACGAAUGAGUGAUAACUCUUUACGCACCAGCAAGACUCAACAAGACUUCUAUAACGUUGUGAGGCUGCUAUACCAAGUGGAUGGAAAAAAGCCGCCAGAGAAAUCCGACCCCAAAUCCUGUAUCACAGUGAGAUUGACGUCCGAUCCGAAGAGCACAGUCAAUGCGUCGUGA